GCCUACUCUCACAACCCGUGUAUACAACACAUCAAACUUGUGCUUGCGAUCUGCUCUUUAACGAUGUAUUCUAUAGCCUAUUGAUUACUUGAGGCUCGUCGGAUGAGGGUGCAGCGAUGGCGGAGCGUCAGGGGGCCUCGGGGACACUUUCAGCGGGUCAGAUUUUGAAAAAGGAAGGCUGUGACUCCUCUGCAGUGCAGCUGCACUCACUCCCGACAAACGAUGACCUCCCAGUGGACGAGGUUAUCGUCAUUAACCCCCUAACUCCACCACUGCCUGCCUUGCUCGCUCCAGAAUCACUCCAGCUGAACAGGACACAGCCAGAGAGACCCAGGGAACAUGCGUUGCUGAUCUCAGAUUCACCCCUUGACCCGGUCAUUAAGGGCAUGAAGGAAGAUCCCUUAUGGAUGUCAGAGGCUGUGUCUAUGAAGAGUCUCAGGGUUCACACCCACGAGUGCUCCCUCUGUGAUAAGGCAUUUGGCAGUGCUAGCGCCCUCAACAAGCACCUGCUCAGCCACCAGCAGGACCGUCCGCAUGUGUGCCCCAUCUGCCAACGGGCUUUUAAACGGCACGAUCACCUCAACGGCCACAUGCUGACCCACCAGAAGCGGAAGCCAUUCCGGUGCAUGGAGCCCGGCUGCCAGAAGAGCUACUGCGACGGCUACGCCCUGAAGCGCCACUGCGCCUCCCAGCACGGGAUCUUCCUCCUGCCCCCUCCUCCCUCCUCCGCCCAGGCCCACGCGGCCGCCGGCGUGUGGGGGGGCGAUGGUGCGGGAGCCAACGACUACCACUCCAUCUUUUUCUCCCCGCCCAAGCCCGCGUCAAAAGCCCAGCGCAAGAGCGCUGACUGCGUGGGCUACGGGGGUUUCCUGGGGUAUGCCGGAUUCGCCUCUGGGCUCGGGGUGAGUUCCGGCUUCCAACAGCCCGGCGCUCCGCAAACCCAGUCUCUCUUGGCCCCGGACCCCUGGGACCAGACGGAGUCGAAGGACCCAUACGGCGAGGGUGCGGGCGAGCUCCACGCCGCCCAGGGGGUGUCCGUCACCCCGCAGUGGGUCCCCAGCCUGGAUGUGGAGAUAAACACGGUCGGCGUGUCUCCAGGCUCUGGGUCUAGAACAGGCCUGGGUCCUCAGUGCUGGGAGAGUGGGUUAGACUUCCCGGUGUCUGAGCUCCAAGCCCUGGAGGAGAUGCUCUCCUUACAGACACCCAGGGAGGCUUUGAGCUCCGGAGGGGCCUGUACCAUGGGACCGGUCCCCUCCGAGCCCUUGCCAAAAACCAGACGACCGACCAUCGUGAUUAAGCAGAAGCUUCGACCGGCCAACCCCAAGGGUAGACCCCAGCAGCUGCCCCCACCCCAGUCUGUCUCCAGCCUCAAAGGCUGUCUUCAUACGCAAUCCAUGGCCGCUCCCAGAUCCGUCGAUAACUCCGCGCUGGGACAGUCCAGUCCGGAGGAGCCCACCCAGACCCCCAAACCGGCUCUGCAGAGGGGGGCGGAGGUGAGGAAGAAGAGGGCGAGGAAGAGGAAGGCGAAGGAGGCAGAUCUUCCGGCUCCUUCUUUUCCGCCACCCCUCCCUGCCGCUCGACGCCAGUGGCCGCACCCGCUAUACCUCGUCUCUCCGAGCCAGGUGGCUAUGGCCUCUUUCAGUAAAGAUAGCACCUCCGGUCAUCCCUACAAGGGGGCGCUAUGGACCGCUCCCCUCAGAGUCCACCUGCAGCCAAUCCAGGCUCUGGUCUGGCCCUGCAGAACACCACCCGCUCCUGAGGAAAGCCCUGAUGCAGGGUGAGAAAAGGGAAGAGGAUUCGACACAGUGGAAUGAGGCUCUGGAGGCCUCCUGUUCUGUGGAACAGGUCUUCCUCUCUCCCCAGGUCCCUCUGUCGCCCCUGGUCAUUCCAGUGUCCGUGCCCGUCACAGACAGGAAAGACACGGCCCCAGAGCACACAGAUGGAGACCAAGCCAUUAUGUCUACAGGGAACAUAGGGACUUCGAAGCGGGCCCAUCGAUUUGAGUCCCUGAAGACGCUGUUCAUCCCCCCGCCCGCGCCCCCCCAAACGCCCC